AUGGCGGAUUUGAUUGGCAACCAGCAAUUUCUGCAAAAUAAUGUGCAACAGCUUCAACAAUCUCAAGCCGAGCAGAAAGUGCAAAUCGAAGGACUAUCCCGUCAGAUGUCUCAGCUCGCCACAUCCAUGAAUCAGCUUAAGGGAAAUAAUGGAGCUUUGCCAUCUCAAGUUCAUGUGAAUCCUAAGGAGAAUGUCAACAAGAUCACCUUGAGGAGCGGUACAGAGUUGGACGGACCGACACCCCAGAACUCUCAAGAUGGACCGCGGGUAGAUUCUGGAGUCGAAUUUCAUGUGGAGGAAUUCGAGCGUUCUGUUGGCACAAAGGAUUCAGUCGUUCAGCAGGCAGAACAACCCCGUUUGGCCAAACAGAGCAAGGGGCCGACAGCCGAGCAGAAGGGGAAAGGAGCAGCACUUGAAUCCAAUGAAGAGGAACAGACCAAGGUCCCUAAACCUUUGAGCUUACAUGAUUCCAAGGUAGCAACAUCAGUCCCCUUUCCAGGAAGAUUGGCGAGGAAGAAGCCGGAAGAGGAACUCAUUGAUUUUGUGAAGAUCUUUGGCAAACUUGAAGUGAAUCUUCCAUUCUUGCAAGCGUUGAAAAUCCCUCCUUUUGGGAAAUUUGUGAAGGACUUCAUAGCUGGAAUGUCCAAGGCAACUGGUAAGAUUGUGAUGGGCGAGAACGUCUCAGCUGCACUCAAGAAGGAGUUACCCGCCAAGUGCAAAGAUCCUGGUAUGUUUUCUCUUCCCAUUUACAUUGGUGAUACUAGGAUCGAGCAUGCUAUGUGUGACUUAGGAGCGUCUAUCAAUGUUAUGCCUCUCACUGUUUACAAUAGAUUGUCGGGUGUAGAAUUGGUAGAUACUAGAGUAGUCAUUCAGUUAGCCGGUAGGUCUUGUGUUUAUCCCGAGGGUUUGCUUGAGAAUGUUCUUGUGAGUGUGAAUAAUUUUGUUUAUCCUGCCGAUUUCUAUGUGGUGAGGAUGAGUGGAAUGCAAUCUAAGGGUUGA